CGAUAAAUAAUGCUACAUUGUGCCUGACAGCACUGACUGAACGGGUAAAUUCAUGCUGAAGAAACUAAGCGCGUGGAAUAUUUUUCUAACGUUACAUUCUAAAUGUUUACUGAUUAGUUUUACCACACGAUGCCAUAUGUGGGUUUUGCCUGUUUGUAGUGAGAAGCUCAAACAUUAUAAGUAGUUGUGGUAAAAAAAAAAGCGCUUUCGAAACCGCUGCAUUCACAUCCGCAGUCGAAUGAAACAGAACCUCUCAGACAGCUUAUUUCGCUAGAGACACCGACUGAACAACCAACCAACCAGCUCUGUGUCUGUCCAUAUUAUUAUGCAGUAUGUAAACAUGGCGGUUUAUCAACAUGCAUCACUGCAAAAUGAUCAUCUAUAUAUAGAUGUCGCGUCGUAGAGCAUCUCUUCGAAAGGUAAAAGGAAAAGUCUUAUCGUGAUUUCGCUUAUUAUACCAAGGGAUUAUACAAUAUAGCUUUUUAGUAGCUUUUCUUUAUGCAUAAAAUAUCUAAAAUGCCAAGACCGGACACUGGAGGAAACUGACUGAACCACCCAAGAAUAAAGCAUCGGAAAAAAUAUGGGAUACAAGGUCUUGGCUGCAAGAAAAUCUAGAGAUUUCCAAUGUACCCCUGCUUGCUUGAAUAUCCCAGGGGCUGCCAUGGAUCGUGUUAGCCUACUUUGGCGGUUGAGGCGCCGGGCCCGUCGAGGGGCCCUGUGCAUGGCGUUGUUCUGUAUGACUAUGGCUCUCCUGUACACCUUUUGCGCUGAAAACAGCAUACCUGUCACCGAUGCCAUUUUCGGGGUGAAGGCGAGAACUCGAGCUCAGCCAAGAGCGCACACAAUUGUUAAGGUAUUGCGGGGAACAGGAGGAUCGAAACCCAUGUAUACUGACCCUCAAAAGCUCCCAGGUGUCAUUCCUGGGGAUCCUCAAAAGCCUAUUCCCAUCCUGUCAUCUUCUAACUACUCAAUGGAGAGUGGUACUAAGGACCGCAACCUCAGGGGCAAACGAAGAGAGCGUGGGCUAUUUUACUGGUUUCUUGCGCAACCACUGAGACGUGCAUUAGAGACUAUUUUUGGAGGCCGACGGAGAGGAGAUGCGGGUGCUGCAAGUGGGGAUGCUGUUGUUUUUGGGCCUAAUGGAGCACUCGGAGAGGUCUGGAAUGAAGAGAUGUCAAGUAGCAUGCUGGGAAAAAGGCUGAGGAAGGUGGUGCAGAACUAUCAGGCAAUGAAUAAAUACGGAGUUCGUUACCCUGGACCUGAGAGUGCAGGACGUCGUUCUAAACUCAGUGGGCCUGAACUUCUUUGUCAAAUCAAGGAGAUGGUGCAGAUUGUGACUUUAACACCAGAUAUGGAGCCAUUUUCUGCAUUGCCCUGGGCCUCUCAGUUACCUCCACGCCAAAUAACUGCUGAUAUCGGCCCCUUCAAGACCUGCGCAGUGGUAUCGUCUGCAGGUUCUCUCAAAAACUCUGGAUUAGGAAAGGAAAUAGAUGCACAUGAUGCAGUAAUACGGUUCAAUGCUGCACCAACAACAGGCUUUGAGAAAGAUGUGGGCUCUAAAACAACGUUGCGUCUGAUCAAUUCCCAGGUAAUGGCAUCUGAAGAUCACCAUUUCCUCUCCAGUUCUUUGUACAGUGCUGGGAUUUUAGUGAGCUGGGAUCCAGGCCCUUAUUCCUCUGAUUUACGAGAGUGGUUCAACAAGACAGAUUACCCUAUAUUUAAACAGUAUCAGCGAUAUCGGCGCUUACACCCUCAACAGCCAUUUUAUAUUCUGCACCCGCGAAUGGAAUGGCAGCUGUGGCAGCGAAUACAAGACAAUAUGGUGGAGACCAUACAAAAAAACCCACCCUCAUCAGGCUUGUUGGGCACAGUUUUAAUGAUGUCUCUGUGUGAAGUGGUACACGUGUACGAGUUCCUGCCUUCACGGCGAAAAACCGAGCUUUGUCACUACUACCAGCGCUUCAGUGAUGCUGCCUGCACCCUAGGUGCCUACCACCCGUUACUCUACGAGAAGAACCUGGUAAAGAGGAUGAACAAGGGAUCUGACCGUGACAUUUACACACAUGGCAAGGUCACUCUCCCUGGGUUCACGACCUUUAACUGCACCAACAGUUCCACUUCCAGCACUUUGUCAAAGACAUAAUCUGAGAGAAAACUGGGUACUUGAUACACUUUCAGAAUGUAACCGUAAAGCGCAUGAUUUAGUCUACAACUGUAAAAAGUUCAGUCUCUGAGUGAGAUCAGGAGUUGGUUCACUGGUGAAAAAUGAAAGCCUAACACAUUAACCACUAGAGGUUUCUUAAAGAAAGGAAUUUAAAUUCACACAGACACAAAAUGCUGAAUAUAGCGGCAAGUUCUGUAUAUGUGUAAAGUACGACCACUCAUUCCUUAACUGAUCCCAUAGUGGUAUAUUCAUACUGUUUGCUGUUAACUAACAGGAAAAGGAUCUCAGUAGAUCCCUCAUGUGAGACGCAGCCACUGAAAAUGACUUUCAAACACUGCCUAAAUGUGACACAUUACAGCACUGAUAUCAAAAGAACUGGCAUUAUACCGUACAAGCGCACUGAAUCUACCAUCUAACAGAUUAUUAAACAAAUCAAAGCUCCUUGUUGGAAAGUAGCCAAGAUUCUGUCCAUAAACGUGUAGCGCGCAAAGCUCUAUGCCCAAAGCCAGCCUGCUGCUUCCAUAAUGUGCAGGUCUUCAAUUUAUGCAACAUCACUCAUGCAAUAUUGUUAAUGAUUUGCCAGCACACACAUGCCAUUAGCAAACAAUGCUUUAAAUGUAUGUAUUUUACGAAAGCUGUAUUUCAAGGCCUGGAGAUCUGUAUGCAUUCAGUAUUUACACUGUGACGCCUUUCCUCUCAUAGCACUCUGUAACCAGUCGUAGGGCCGUGGAGAAUGUCCUUGCAUGCUUUACUGAAAUUGCACUACUGUAUAUCAAACCUUUGGUAAACCUGUAUUUAGUCGUAUUUAUGAAUUUGGGAAGGAAAACAAAGAAUGUGCAUGUUUGUCCUGUUUUAUACAGAUCGGAUUGCAAUUUAAGCUGAAAGCAGAUAUAAUUAUGCAUUUUGAGGAGCGAAAGGGUAUUUAUUUUUCGUAGUAUUAUUUCUUCAGUGUGUUGAUACCAGGAUGAUUAAAUCUCACAUUCAUUCUAUUUACUCAAACACAGAGAUUACAGUUUGUAAAUACCAAAACACAAAUACUAAUAUUGAUUGCGUCUAGCGAUUACGCUUUUAUGAAUCCUGAAUGAUGUGAAACAGGGCCUUAAUAUUCAUAUAGUAUUAAGUCUAGAAGUUAACAUAAAAUUUGCUUUUGAAAUCAAAAUGUCAUAACUUUGUACACAGAGCUGGGUAGAUUACUUACAAAUUGUAAUCUGUUACUGAUUCCAGUUAGUAACGUAAUCCAUAACAUUUUAGGUAAUAUAAUCAGACUGCUUUUAUAUACUAUUAUCUCAUCUCACACUGAUUUAAAUUAGUGCUGUUAAACGAUCGUGUCCGUUUUUGUGCACAUAAUAUAUCUAUGUGUACUGUGUAUAUUUAUUAUGUAUAUAUAAAUACACACAUACAUGUACAUAUUUAAGAAAUAUAUGUUGUGUUUAUAUAUUAAUCGUGAUUAAUCGUUUGGGAGAACUAAUUUAAAUAACAUAAUCUUGUACCAUAUUGAUAUAAAAAUACAAAGAGAAAGAAAAUGUAUUUCAUUUGUCUAGUGAUUAUAUUAUGAAUCCUGAAUGAUGUGGGACAGGGCCUUAAUAUUCAUAUAGUAUUAAGUCUAAAAUUAACAUAAAAUGGAAAUUGACCCCAUUUGCUUUUAAAAAUCUAAAUGUCAUAACUUUGUACACAGAGCUGGGUAGAUUACUUACAUAUUGUAAUCCGUUUCUGAUUCCAAAUUACAUGACAAAAAUUGUAGUUAGUAAUGUAAUCCAUUACAUUUUAGGUAAUAUAAUCAGACAACUUUUAGAUUACUCAUGUCAUAUUGAUUUAAAUUAGUGCUGUCAAAUGAUUAAUCGCAUCCAAAAUAAGUUUUUGUGUACAUAAUAUAUCUAUGUGUAUUGUGUAUAUUUAUUAUGUAUAUAUAUAAAUACACAAACAUACAUGUAUAUAUUAAAGAAAAAUAUGUUAUCUUUACAUUUUAAUCACGAUUAAUCGUUUUAAAGCACUAGUUUACAUAAGAUAAUCUUGUACUAUAUUGACAUAAAAAUACAAAGAGUAAGAAAACAUAUUCCAUUUGUCUAGUGAUUAAAUUCUUAUGAAUCCUGAAUGAUGUGGGACAGGGCCUUAACAUCCAUAUAGUAUUAAGUCUAAAGUUAACAUAAAACGGAAAUUGACCCCAUUUGCUUUCAAAAUCAAAAUGUCAUAUAUUUGCACACAGGGCUGGGUAGAUUACUUACAAAUUAUAAUCUGUUACUGAUUGCAAAUUACAUGACAAAAAUUGUAGUUAGUAAUGUAAUCCAUUACACUUUAGGUAAUAUAAUCAAACAACUUUUAGAUUACAUCUUGUGUCAUAUUGAUUUAAAUUAGUGCUGUCAAACGAUUAAUUGCGAUUAAUCGCUUCCAAAAUAAUUUGCUUUUGAAAUCAAAAUGUCAUAACUUUGUACACAGAGCUGGGCAGAUUACUUACAAAUUGUAAUCUGUUACUGUUUCCAAAUUACAUGACAAAAAUUGUAGUUACAUUUUAAAGUAAUAUAAUCAGACUACUUUUAGAUAGAUUUAAAAUAGUGCUGUCAAACAAUUAAUCAUGAUUAAUCACGUCCAAAAUAAGUGUAGCGCCUGAGAGGCUAAAACAGAAACUCAACGCCUUUGCGACGCAUCAACAAUAAAACAUUGGUGAGGCAAAAAUUCUCUUCGUCGUUCUUCUUUUUUGCAGACUGAUGGUAUCAAGUUUUGUUGUAUUUUGUUGGUCAACAAAAAUACAUUGUCCCUGCUCACCCCCUCUCCCUGCCAUUUCUAAUUGAAUAGGUGAUUAAUAUUCCCAAUUCCACGUAACGCGUGACUCUCCACCACGAACACAUGACAUAGGCACACAUUAACGCUUUCAUGUCCACUACAAUCCAGACCCUAAUUAUUAUUAAAUAAAAAUUACACUCAAUGAAAGAGAGACAUGAAAUAAUCAAAUUGAUGAUUACAGCAUUAUGUAAUGUACAGUCUUCUGUCUUCUUCAAAAAAAAGGAAAUAGAAAAAAGCAAAAAAGUGUUCAUAACAUGAAUUAGUCCAAGUGUUCUUUACAGAUCGAUUAUAAGCACUAUAUCUCCUGGUUUAAAGUUACGCUUGACUCGUGUCCACUUCUGGCGCUUUUGAAGCUGAUGUAAGUACUCCAGAAGCCAUCUUUUCCAGAACAAGUCUGACAUGUACUAAUCCUUUUUGAAGGACAUCAUUGAUCUUUCACUGAUUCCAUUCCUGUUUUAGUUCAUGCUCUGCUCCUACAAAGUACUUUCCAUUAUCAGAUCGAAGUUCCUGGACCUGUCCACGUCUUGCAAUAAAACGGCGAAGUGCAUUUCUAAAAGAAUCUGUGUCCAAGGAGGAUGCCACCUCAAUAUGUACUGCUCGUAUAGCUAAACAAAUGAAAAAUACUCCAUACCUUUUCACUACACAACUUCUACUUUUUACCUCAAAAGGUCUAAAAUAAUCAACCCCAACACGGGUAAAUGGAGGUUCAUUUGGAGUGACUCUUUCUGAAGGUAACCAUCUGUUGACAUCUUGGAAGUGAAUUCAAUUUCCGACAAACAAUGCACUUGGACAGUACUUUCCUUAUUGCUGUACUUACACCAGUGAUCCAAUAUUUCUGGCGCAGUUUGGACAACAUAUGAUUGCGACCACCAUGUCCUACUUCUUGGUGUAUAUGUCGCAAGAGGAUGUCUGCAAUGUGAGAAUUCUUGACUGGAUGUUUGGAUGCUUCAGGCAUUGAUGCCCUACUUAAAUGUCCUCCAACCCUUAAAACAUCUCCAAGAAUAGGACAAAGUCCAUAAAUAUGGCUACUCUUCUUUACACUUUCACCUCUUUUUAGGCUAGCAAGCUCAUCAGGAAACAUCUUUUCUUGAGAAAGUCUAAUAAUCUCCAAUUCAGCCAUCUCUAGUUCUUCUGUUGAGAGGUGAGGUUGUUUAAUUUGACCUUUAAAAAUCUCCAUCGCUCUUUCCAAAGAACCAUCUUGUUGUCCAUUCAGACCAGAAACAGCGAGAGCGAAGUUCAGUUGUUUCCUUUUCUGACUAAGAGACAAGAGUAGAUUCUUAAAUCUCAAAAUCCAAGUUUUUCCAAAAGGAACCAAGAAGAAAAGUGACGAGUUAAACGUGCAAUUAUGUCAUCCUCUUCUUUGAGCUGUGUGGAAUUAAUCUCUAUGCAUUUCUUGAUUUCAGGGUCACUUACUUCAAACUAUUCAAGGUCAAUGAGAUUGUCAGGCCACUCACUUUGAGAACAAAGAAUGUUUUGUUCUCAAGGAAUGCACUAACAGCUGAUCCUCUUGAAGCAACAUCAGCAGGAUUGCUUGUGGUGUCUAUGUAGCUCCACUGUGAGGCUUGUGAGACCUUGAGGAUUUCUGUCACCCGGUUGGCUACAAAUAUUCGAAAUCAAGAAGUCUAAUUUUUAAUAUAUUUAAGAAACUGUAACAAAUCAACAUCACCAGCUGGCACCUGAACAUUGAUUCUACACUGGCCAUGAUUACCACUUGUUCCUUUCUGAAUCUUGUCACUACUCCAACGAGUGAGCUGGUGAGGUCUGUCCUUGCAAGAGUUUAUCAUUAAGUGAUGUUCCUUGAAAACUCACUCCACAAUCAAGCACCACACCGAUUUUCUUCUCUGUAGGAUGGUAAACACCAUGAUGCGGAAUAUACCAGAUCUUUCCAUCACUACGUGUCAAAUCCUCUGCAGGCACUCUCUCUGCAUAAGCUUUGGAGACCAUAACCUGCAGGAAGGCUUUAUAGUCAGUUCGAAAGACAGAAUCCUUUUGAAGUCUCAUUUUUAGAUGUAGAGCACGCUGUCCCACAAUUUUUCGAUUGUUUGGCAUAUGAACUUCUCAGAGGUAAACCAAGUUCAUAAUGCCCAUCAACAAGUUUGUCAGAACCUCGUCACCAUUUCCAUGAAACGUUGAUCUUCCCUUGAAUAACCAGUUUGUUCAUCUUUACUACAUUCUGGGAAAUCCAUUUUAACCCUUAAAGACCUAGGACAUUUUCAGGGCACCUGACACGCCUGUACUUUUCUUUGUUUUUUCAUACCUAUUCUAGUAGUCAGCAUCAAGUGCUAUAUAUCAUUGUAAACAGGAGAACUUGAAGUUUCAGUCUAGCUAAUUUAAAGGCCCAAUUUUCCUUUAGUCUUCUCUAAGAAUGAAUGAAUUUCCAAAAUUUUAAGAAAAUCGCAAGCAACAAUUGGAGGUUUUUUACUGUGCACUCAAAUAGAAACUCCUGAAGUUUGGAUUUUUUUCUUUAGAAAGUUGUUUGGGUGUUUUACACUUCAAAAUAAAAUUUGAUCUACAUAUAACAUAGCAAGUUAUAUCCAUUUAUUACAAUAUUGUUAUAGGCGCUUUUCAGUGAAAAAUAGGUCUAUUUAGUUUAUUAACAAUAUAGAUGUGUUUAGGAAGUAAAGUAAAUGGAAACAGUAUUAUGUAAUAAGAAAACACGGUAAAAAAAAUAAAAAAAAAUAAAAAAUAAAUAGAUAAAAGGUAGUUUUUUUCAGAUAAAUAUAUUUUCAGAGUAUGAACAACAAACGCAAACAGUGCAGCAAGUAGUGAAAACAACUGCACAAAUGGUCUUGUGCAACAAAUAUACAAACAGUGCAAAUGAUUCACAAACUACACACAAAAUGAGAGAAAAUAUACAGAGUGCAACAGAAAAAAAAUGGUGCAAAUGAUCUUUAUAAACUGGAGUAAAGUGGAGUAUCUCAGCGGUUUAAUAACAAUAGUUAUUUUUAGCCGCGGGUGGCUGUCUCGGUCUUUGAGGGUUAAACUGCUGUUGCCACACAUCUUCCAACUCACUACUGAAAUUCUGUUAACCGUGACUUUUGGCUGUGCACUGGGUACUACAUUCUCACCAUCUCCAAAGACAGGUCCAUUCACUGUCCAUCCCAACAUUGUUCUGAUUGCAUAGGGCCCAUCAUUUACACUGCGGAUUACCUCCAAUGGUUCCAAUGCUUUAGGAACAUUUGUCCCUAUGAGCAGCUCAAUCCCAGCCUCAAUCUCAGGUAAAUGAACGGUCUGUAAUCUAGAGCCCAUCUUUGAAGAUCUGUUUCUCUGGGUAUAUUUCCUUUGUGAACAGGCAUGCUUUCCUGUGUGUAAACUCGAUGCAAAUCACAAAAUUCAUUUCCAUUCAAGCCAGCCACUUCCAGUCCUGACAGAACAUGGCUACUCAACACCUUGUCUUGCCCCAUGGUUCUUAAAAGUAUCUGCACUUCGUUUCUGUAAGGUUAAGUCUUCUCAUCAAAUUCUCAGUACAAAACACAGCUGUACUCCCUUGAUCUAAAAAGGCAUAAGUAGUGAUAAUUGUACUGCCUUUCUUGGCCUUGAUCUGCACAGGAACAAUCGGGAGUUUACAGUCAUGAUUACCAGCCCCAGUAAGACCACUAGACACCAAAACAUCAUCCACUGUCGUUUUGGAUUUCUUCUCAGUUGCGUCUGUUGUUCCUUUUUCUUUAGGAAAGAUAUGCAACAAAGUGGGAUGUCUAAGACCACAAACAUCGCAACAAAGACGUCUUCUGCAUUUCUUACUAACAGCCAAAACAAACUCCACUUUCCUUUAAGAAGCCAAUCUUCUCCUUGUGGGGUUGUUUUCCCAACUGAGGACACAUAUCCAAUGUGUGUGCACCUUUACAGCAGAGACAUCCUUUCUUAUCAAAUCCAGCCUCUUUCUUUCCUGUAUUUUGGAAAGAACAAACUCUGUCAACUCUAUAAACAUCGCCACAUUAUUUACCACACAAAACAAACUGCCAACAACAAACUACCAACACCAGAGCUCUGGACAAAACCAACUGAAGCCAAGUAACAAACAAUAACACAACCGCGCAAUCAUCCCCAAUAGAUGAAACAGCAUACGCGAUUCAAAGAGCGUGCUUUCCAAAACAGCACAGCUGAGUAACAAAAAGCCCAGCAGGCUUACCUAUGCGGCAAACCUCUAUUAAUAUUAUAUUAAUCGCGAUUAAUCGUUUGAGAGUACUAAUUUAAAUAAGAAAAUAUUGUUAUAAAAAUACAAAGAGCAAGAAAAUAUAUUCCAUUUUUUGUUAUCAAUUAAACAUUGCAUUACUUCAAGGUUUCCCAAACUGAAACGAGACAAUCAUCAACAUAAAAGGAAAGUAGGAUUGUAUCCACUGCUUCCUUGCUGAAGUGCUCUUUAUGGUCUUCUGCAUAUUUUCUGAGAGCAAAGUUUGCACAGCUAGGAAAAGAAGUCGCUCCAAAGAGGUGUACUACAUCCUGAAGUCAACUGGAUCUUGACUUAAGUCCCCCUCAGGCCACCAAUAGAAACCGUAACAAAUCAACAUCAGCUGGCACCUUUACUUGAUGGAAUAUUGAUUCUACAUCGGCCACGAUUACCACUGGUUUCUUUCUGAAUCUGCACACUGUUCCACAAUUUUUCGAUUGUUUGGCAUAUGAACUUUCUUUCUCAGAGGUAAACCAAGUUCAUAAUGGCCAUCAACAAGUUUGUUAGAAUGUUGUCACCGUUCCAUGAAUCGUUGUUCUUCCCUUGAAUAACCAGUUUGUUCAUCUUGAGUACAUUCUGGGAAACCUAUUUUAAACCGCUGUUGCCACACAUCUUCACAGAUUCACAUUCACUGUCCAUCCCAACAUUGUUCUGAUUGCAUAGGGCCCAUCAUUUACACUGCGGAUUACCUCCAGUGGUUCCAAUGCUUUGUUGUACGCGAUUCAAAAAGUGCACUUUCCAAAACAGCACAGCUGAGUAACAAAAACCCCAGCAGGCUUACCUAUGCGGCGAUUGUUUGCUUGCUUCUCUUAGCAGCUUUGCUGAUCGGUUUGCUUUGGCGUUUCAACCUCUAUUAAUAUUAUAUUAAUCGCGAUUAAUCGUUUGAAAGUACUAAUUUAAAUAAGAAAAUAUUGUUAUAAAAAUACAAUUCCAUUUUUUGUUAUCAGUUAAACAUUACAUUACUUCAAGGUUUCCCAAACUGGGUUUGUGAAGAAACUGCAGGGGGUUUACGAGUUUCAUGAAAAGCUAAUAGUGAAUUAAAACAUAAAAAUAUUUAAUAAAACAAACAACUUUAAAAUGAAUCAAAAUAAAACAUUUACUGAAAAAAAUAUUUUAUUUGUUUACCUGCAUGUCAUGUGACGAUAAACAACAUCAGAGAAUGGACAGGCAAAUUUAAUACUUCAUUAUUAAAAUAUGUAUUUCAAAAUCUCAGGGGCACUUCAAAUAAAAAUAUAUUAGGUGAAAGAGGAUCAGAUGACAAAAAAGUUGGUGAAUUUGUGCAGUUUAAUGUGUUUGAAAGACCUUUCAGAAUACUACAUGGUAAAAAUGACUAACUGAAAUAAAAAUUUAUUUGCUCAUCAGUAGUUGAUACAACGUUGAAACACAUUAAAUCUGGAAUGAUUUUUUCAUGUUGCCACCUGACUAAUGAAAGGUCUUUGUGUGAAUGUCCACAAAACUGCAAGACUUUCUAAGUGUAUAUAAGCAGGCUAUUUUAAAAAGGAAAAUGUAAAAGAUGAAAAAGCGGUAUCAGGGAGAAUUGCUGUUGUGUAAAUUAUAUGUAACCAUGCAAUCCAUAAAAAGUAACUGUAGUCUGAUUAUGGUUAUUGUAAAAUGUAAUUUAAUCUAAUUACAGGUCCUUAAUUAUUUUAAUCUGAUUGCGUAAUACAGAUUACAGUAAUCAGUUACUACCCAGCUCAACAAUUUGUGCACUACUGAAAAAUCAAACGGUUUCAUGUUGAGUUUACAAUAAUAUUGUGAAACCAAAAUGUGAACUGAAUUAGGGAAAACCAUGAUUUUUUUUCAUCUAAAGACAUCUUUAUAUGUAAUUUGUAGCAUAUGACAGACUCAUAUUAUAAAUAUAUUUAAAAAUUAAAAAAAAUAGUUAGCAUAGAAUGUAUUUUUUGCUCAGAUUACAAAUAACUGUUAAGUUAUACAAUUAUGCUGUUAUCUGCAAAGUGGAGUUUAAAUUAGAUGUGUCCCAUAAAUGAACUUUGUCAUGUCUUACAUGGGUAAACCGAUUCAGAUUGAUCAAACUAAUCUGGACUAUGCACAUGUGAACUGUCAAAUGUAUAGAUGUUUUAUUUGUAUCUCAAAUGUUUCUCUAAUGCAAUGACUAUUUAUUUUUUAAAAAUCUUCCCUUUAAGCAUUGUCAGAAUUAAGAUUUUUAAAUGCCAAAGUUGUUGUUUACACAAGUUAUUCAAAUGAACUGUUGGACUGUGGUAAGAUUGCAAAAUGAAGCAUAACUGAAUAGAACCUUUGUACUCUUUAGACAGCACUGUAUGUUACUUGAAAGACAUCUAAUGUCCUUCACUUACAGCAGAAUGGGAACAACCACAUGUCUUUUAUAAGUUACUGGAACACAUACAGAUUUAUCUUCUCUAAUCCGGCUUAAUGCAUGGUUCACAAGUUUAGGCUAUUACUGGAUAAACAAGAGGGACAUGUGCUCUAAAAAGGGGAGCAUCUAGUUAACUUGCUGGUGAGGACACUGUAACCUGAGACCUGGCUAACAAAUCUUAGCAAUGACGCUGUUAUAUUUAGAAACAUUGUUCUCAACAUUGCAACCUUUCUGUUCGUUUGGUUCAUAGUCACAAGUGUUCUUCCUGUGUACAAAUGCCUGUGUACCACCAUAACUUUGUCAGUAUUAUUGUUUCAAUUAAUAUGCUCUAUGCAGUACUGUACAGCAAUGUCUUUAAAAUCUAGAAUGUAAUGUGAUAAAUUCUACAAACUGGCAAAGACAAACUUGUUUCUUAAAACAAGAAUUUAUAAAAUAUGCUAUUCUGGAAUUGAUACCUGUACUGCUUUAACCUUUAAAUGAUCUGUAAAUUUAUUUAAAGUAUUAUGAUUCAACAUGUACAUAUUCUUAAAUGACAUUAUAUGGCUCUUGGCAAACCAUAAUAACUCUGCCUGUCAUAUUGGCUCUUCAUUGCAACAACACUAAUAAAACAACUACUGCUCACACUGUAAUU